AUGAGCUGCAGCAGUGUUGCAGGAUCAGAGUUCUCUGAGGAAGAGCUGGAGCUUGGCGUGCUGGGCCAAGGGGAGGACGAGGGAAGUCCCAAGGAGUCUUUUCAAGACAGCGAGAGCUCAACAGGCAGCCCAAGCGACCAAGAGGAAGGCCAGACCAAGAAGCGCAAUCGUCCCGUCCGCUCAAAGGCUCGAAGAAUGGCCGCCAACGUCCGCGAGCGGAAGCGCAUCAUGGACUACAACCAGGCCUUCAAUGCCCUGCGGGUCACUCUGAACCAUGACCUCAGCGGCAAGCGGCUCUCCAAGAUCGCCACGCUGCAGAGGGCCAUCAACCGCAUUUCCGCUCUCUCUGUGUUCCUGAGCUCAAACCCCUCGAGCAAGCCCUGCACCCACCGGGAGUGCAACAGGUCGUCAGCUGGGCCGGCUGCAAUUGGAGCGACUCGGCUGGAGCAGACCAGGGCGACAGUUCCUCGGCUAGAGCACCAGAACUACGCCCCCUGGCAUGCCUCUGUCCCUCACCAGAUGCAGCCACAACAAGGGCCUCACGUGCACCGGCUGCCCUUGGAGCAGCACGUCUACAUGGAUAACGCCGCGUCAUCGUGUCCCCCCUCGCCACACUACCCUUGUUACCCUGCUGAGGGACAGCUUUACGCCUCGUACGGACACUGCGGCAGCCCCCAUGAACAUCCGCCCAGCCCUAUGCGGUACCCACAGGUGGGUGAGGGAUUUGGGUACCAGCCAGGUGUGUGGGCCUCCUGUGCUCAGAAAUACAUGGACGCUUUUGUGGAGCCUCCUCCGGCUCUGGGGCUUCCCUGGCAGGUGAGCUACCCAGAGCACAGCCUCUCUCUGGGCUCUGACAUUCUGUGA